AUGCCAUCGACAAUCAAGUCUCUCCACGCUUUGAGUGUUGGAAACGCCAACUUCCAAGUGCACCCCGUGCUUUGGACCUCAGACCACCUCACCCUUACGGGUUGCCGGUUCGAGGAGACCCAUGGCGGAAACGACGCGGAGAAUGUUGAAGCCCAUGCGACAAAUCGUGAGACGUACUAUGCGACACGUCUUGCGACUUCCCCAGUCCAAAAGAUGAAACUUCAUUACGUUAGUUCACUCUUUUGUGGAACCGGCCUUUUAGAGGUUGUCCGUGUAUCCGCUGCGUUUUUCUACGCCGAACGCCUGGUCCAUGUACCAGUUUGCACCGUCUUCCGCAUUGCGGGACAUAUUCAGGUUCCGCACCCGGAACCUGUGAUCGGGUAUCAUCACUACAACGUCGACCAAGAGCGUCGAUUGAGAUUCACACCCCGAGCAGGUCCUCCGGGGAUCUGGAACCUCCCGGUUCAGCGGCUCUAUGACCGAAGACUGGGGAGCGUUACACCCCAGGAUUGGACUCGCGAUCCCUAUCUCGUGUGUGUGCUCCUGAGCCUGGCUCAGAUACAGUGGCGUUCGGACGACAGACAGCAGCCGCGUCUGUUCCUGGUCCGCCUAUUAGUAACACACAGAGACGACCAGCACAAUGCCUACGUCUACAAAGCCAACUUUCCGUCCCAACUCCUGGAGUGUUUGAAGACUCCUACGCGGCCCAUGGCCGAUGUUGUGUUCCCCAACAUCGAGGUGGGCAAGGUGGCAUUUGAGCCUUUUGAGACCUUUGGCGGCCGUGCUGUCCAAGCACUGGUUGGCUCGCAAUACGGGGCAGCGACAGCUUCGACAGCUCUCACUAUUGGGUUACGUGGACAUGCAUUCAGAGCAGAUUGA